GCCAUACACACAACUUCCCCCUCCCCCAAACACAGUUAUAUUAUUGGGGGUCUCUCUCUAGCUACCUUGCAAAAGAGAGAAGAAGACACAACAGAGAAGAAAGCAAAUAAACAAGGCAAAGCUAUAAACACUCAAGAAAGGGAAACAAUAAUAAAAGGAAACAAGGAGAAAAGAAGUAUCUAUAUCUGUGUGUACAUAUAUAUAAAGAAGGAACCUCUCAAAGGGUGGCUGAUUGAUCAAGAAAAUGGCGAGUGUUGAGAGAGAUUUGAACUUCAAAGAGACCGAGUUAUGUCUAGGAUUGCCUGGAGGUGGAAAAACUGAGACGGUGGAGACACCAAAAGCUACUGGAAAAAGAGGAUUUGCAGAGACUGUUGAUUUGAAGCUUAAUCUUCAGUCUAAAGAUGGUGUUAUGGAUCUGAAUGACAACAAUAUCAAGAAUGCUUCAAAGGACAAGAAUCAUCUCCCUGCUUCCAUCAAAGAUCCUGCCAAGCCACCAGCCAAGGCACAAGUUGUGGGUUGGCCACCAGUUAGAUCUUACAGGAAGAACAUAAUGGCUCAAAAGAACACCAGUGAGGAAGGGGAGAAAGCAAGUAGUGCAGCAUUUGUUAAGGUCUGCAUGGAUGGUGCACCUUAUCUUCGCAAGGUAGACCUCAAGAUGUACAAAAGCUAUCAAGAACUAUCUGAUGCCUUGGCCAAAAUGUUCAGUUCUUUCACUAUGGGUAAUUAUGGAACCCAAGGAAUGAUAGACUUUAUGAAUGAGAGCAAGUUGAUGGAUCUUCUCAACAGCUCUGAGUAUGUGCCAACCUAUGAAGAUAAGGAUGGAGACUGGAUGCUCGUGGGCGAUGUUCCAUGGGAGAUGUUUGUUGAUUCAUGCAAACGCUUGCGAAUUAUGAAAGGAUCUGAAGCUAUUGGACUUGCACCAAGAGCUAUGGAGAAAUGCAAGAGCAGAACCUAAAAAAUGAAGUGGAGAAUGCAUCUAUGUUUAGUCUGUUUGCAUGCAUCCAAGAAGAGUAGAAGACAAGGGGCAUGCACUUGUGCAAGCAAAAAUGGUGUUUCUUUUGGACGCGUCUGUGAUUUUUAUUUUGCUGGUAUAUAGAUAUCAAAGAUCUAGACAUUUGUAAUGGACAAGAAGCAAUAAACUACUUAACCCUGUUGUCUGGCUUGUUUAUUACUAAUGGCUUGCUUAAUAAUUAUUUUCCCCACCCCUUAUUUUGGUCAUUGUUUGUUGUUGUCCUUGCUGUCAAAGUUGUUAAAUGUUUUAUUCCUUUAAUUUUAAUGCUACAAAUUCCUUUCUUUCUUUUUUUAUUA